AUGUCUUGUAAAGAACCAUACAUCGUUCCUCAACAAACAAGGACUGUCAAUUCCAAUAGCUUCACGGAAUUUGAUACUACCACUAUUGAGCAUACUAAUGUCUUGGCAUGCAUUGUAUGCACUGAGGAAAAAGAGAAAAAUUUAUUUGACGAACCAGCUACCCAACACUGCAAUCAUGCAAGCAUCAUCUGUAAAACUUGUGUAACAACUCACCUCCGCACUCAAUUCGAAAGCUAUGGUAAUGUUGGAAUAAAGUGUCCUAACGCUAAUUGUGUUAGCAUGUUUCAGAAAUCAGAUAUAAAGCGAUUUUUCUCGGAAGAUCUUUUUAAAAGAUACGAAUUGAUCUCCACUAAAAUUGAGUUCGCCAAAAAUAAAGAUUUUCAUUAUUGCUUGCAUCUAAGAUGCAAUUCUGGUCAAAUCCAUAUUGACACGGAAACACCGAUAAUGAGAUGUGAUAAAUGUUCCGGAAGAACCUGUCUAAAACAUGCAUUUCCGUUAAAACCCGACGAAGAUUGCAGAUUAUGUGAACUCGAUCGAACAAAAAUUUUUUCGCAAUAUGGUUUGAAACUUUUCAAAAAAAUAUUUUCAAAGAAACCAAAAAUGAUGGAAAUGCCGGAAGAACAAGAAAAACGCAAAGAACUUGCCCGACUAAAGCAUUUGAAAAAAGCAAAUGCAAAAACCAAAAGUGCGCCUGGUUGUUCUUAUUCGUUUAAAUGGUGA